UUUCCGCCGUCUCUUGCGUUCUCCUUCUGUCGCUCUCUUGUUGCUCUUUCAACAUUUUUAAUCUCUCUCAGAUUUUCCCUGGACCCCUUGUACUCCUCAGGCUGUGAGCACUGGGACCAAGCUCCAAUUAACCCAAAUCACCGCUGGUCAGAGUAGACAGGUAUCUUCACUGAGCCAAGAUGUCUCUGAAGGUGUCGACGAGCAAUAUCACCAACAAGAACGAUCCCAAGUCCAUCAACUCCCGCGUCUUCAUAGGCAACCUGAACACCGCCGUGGUCAAGAAGUCCGACGUCGAGACCAUCUUCUCCAAAUACGGCCGCGUGCUCGGCUGCUCCGUGCACAAGGGCUACGCGUUCGUGCAGUACGCCGGCGAAAGACACGCCCGCGGCGCAGUCAUCGGCGAAAACGGACGCGUGCUCGCCGGACAGACUCUGGAUAUCAACAUGGCAGGUGAGCCCAAACCAAACCGACCCAAAGGCCUGAAGAGGUCGGCUGCUGCUCUCUACAGUGGCUAUGACUUUGACUAUGAUUACUACAGAGACGAUUUCUAUGACAGGCUGUUUGAGUAUCGAGGUCGAGUGUCCCCGGUGCCCCGUGUGGUGCCAGUCAAGCGCCCCCGUGUGGCCAUGCCUCUGGUGCGCAGGGUCAAGGCUCUGCCCGUCAAACUACUGGCCAGGUCCUCCAUGCUGCCCGGUACUUCCAUUAAACAGAGACCAGUGAAAUCCAAUGAGCUGCAGGCCAUCAAGUCCGAGCUCACACAGAUCAAGUCCAACAUUGAUGCUCUGCUUGGCCGACUGGAAGAAAUCACAGAGGACAAAUACACAAGCACAGAACUGAGGAAGGAGGACUGUAAGAGCGAGGUCUCUCAGGAUGACUCGGGUUCAGAAGCGGAAGAGCUCGCAGACGACGACCAGGCCAGCGAGGUGGAGGAGGGAGAGGAGGGCACACAGGACGAAUGUGACGACGACAUGGUGAGGGAGCAGAGAGGGCUGAACUGCAGGCAGGCAGCCAGAGGGGAUGAGAGGCAACACCAAGCUCCAAAAGGCUCUAGAAUGGCCUGCCUCUGA